CGCCAGCCCACCCGCUCCCCCAGCCCUCACCGCUGCAGCCCUUCGGACCCACCCAGCAGCAGGCUCGGAGCUGUCAUCGCCCCCGAACAUGGCCACAGAGGCGCACAAUCUGCAGGAGCUGCGGCGAAGCGCCUCGCUGGCCACCAAGGUCUUCAUUCAGAGAGACUAUAGCGAUGGCACCAUCUGUCAGUUCCAGACGAAAUUCCCUCCUGAGCUGGACAGCCGGAUUGAGAGGCAGCUCUUUGAAGAGACUGUGAAGACCCUCAAUGGCUUCUAUGCAGAGGCUGAGAAGGUCGGGGGCAGCUCCUACCUGGAGGGCUGUCUGGCCUGCGCCACAGCCUACUUCAUCUUCCUGUGUAUGGAGACCCACUACGAGAAGGUUCUCAAGAAGAUCUCCCGAUACAUUCAGGAGCAGAAUGAGAAGAUCUUUGCCCCCCGAGGCCUCCUGCUCACAGACCCCGUGGAGCGCGGCAUGAGGGUUAUUGAGAUCUCCAUCUACGAGGACCGGUGCAGCAGUGGCAGCUCCAGCAGCGGCAGCAGCAGUGGCAGUGGCAGCAGCGGAGGGGGCGGUGCGGCGGGGGCCCGGUGACUGGCGGAGAGUCCCUGCAGGGAGGUGUACGGCCGGACUGAGGGCCUCUCAGACCUGCGGAGGCUGCGCUACCAGAGCACCCGCUUCUGAGUCAUGCUCCAGGCCCAUCCUGCCGCCUGGGGUGGGCGGGAGGGUGACCAGCCGCGCUUCCUGCCGGCCAGCAACCCUCUCAACCCUCACCCUCUGGCAGGGUGGUCACGCCCAGACCAGGCUCCUUCCAGGGGCACAGGUCUGGACUACCCAGAGCCAGAUCUUCCAGGGGAUGCUUCCAGAAGGUGGGGAGAAUACAACUUGGACAACCCCUUUCUUUUGUAGUUCUCUCAACAUGGGGAGGGGGCCCAGGUCUGUCAUAUAGAGAAUUCCCGUCCUGCAUGAUUCCUCACCCCAAGUCCCACCUCCUUCACGAUUCUCUCCCCUCAGUGCCCCUCCCCCUUGUCUGUCUCCCAGUGUCUGUUCUUUCUUAGACCCCUGCGGGCCUCUGCUGUCUAUGAUCCUGCCUCCAUUGAGUCUGAGGAGUGGGGAGAUGGCUGCUGGCACUGCAGGGCACCUGCUCAGGCCCUCCUGACCUCUCCUAGACCUGGGGCUUCCCCGUCCUUCACCCAAAGCUUGGAGACCCUCUUGGCCUUGCCCAGAAGCAUCCCAUCCAGCUCCUGAGACUUGGCAGGCCUCCAGGCACUGUCCUCGGGACACACAGCCUGGGGCUCUGGGAGGCUCACUGGGGAGCUGGAGAAGUGCUUAAUGAAGAGAUGUAGCAUUGGGGGUUCUGAACCCCCAGAAACCAGGCUUCCUGAGGCUAGAACCUGCAUGGAUGUGAGAGAGUGUGUGUGUGUGCAGGCACGGGCAUACGUGUGGUAUGUGAGUGUGUUUGUGUGUCCCGCUGGCUGCCAGGCCAGUGACUGUCCCUCUCUAUAUCCUGUGGUGGCUUCCUCCCAGACUGUCUGUGGCUGCUUCUCUGUGCAGGUCUAGCUUCCCCCUGUAAAUAAGGUUCUAACACCCCUUGCCUUGCCUGGGACUGCCAGCUUGGCUCUUCCUGGUCUUUCUUGUCCCUGCCAGGCUCCCUCCACAGUCUGACUACGGUGUAUGUUCUAGCAGAGAAAUUGGGGUUCUAGGAGAACAGAGCCAAUCUCUGGGGCCUUCCUUGUUCCUCUGCCAGCUCCUCCCCUUCCCCCCAUGACAAGGCAACAGGGCCAUGGACAUUGCAUCUUCCGCCCAUACAGGCCCUGGGGCUCUCUAAGGCUGCAUAAGCAAGGCUUUUGGACUUUUAAAGAAGACAUGCAACCUGCAAGGGAAAAGGCAAACUCCCUUCUUGAGAGGAAAGAGGGGUGUCUAAGCAAUGAGGCCCUGGCUGCAGAGACCCAGGGUGCUAGUGGGAAGAAGGUUGCCCUGUCCUGCCCUGAAGAUGGACAGAAGGAGGCUGCCUCACCUGGCAAAAGGUGCUAGAAGUGGGAAUGAAAGAUUGGCCACUGCAGGUAGCUUUUAGAACCAAAGAGAGGCCUGCUUUCUUUUGGACAUGGGCGCAACCUGUGAGAAGGAGGUGCUCACCCAGAGAACUGGGGAGGGUAAUCCAGCCCCUGAGCCUCGGUGGGUGCUAGUCCAAGGAUCUCCCCCAGUGGGCUCCACCGUGCCCCCUUGGGCCCAGCCUGUGCCCAUCAUGCCCACUCUGUGGCCAGCCUGGCG